UCUCUCUCUCUCUCUCUCAACAACCAUUUCCUCUUCCACAUCUUGUUCAAAAGAAUCAAAACUUUCCCCUUCUCUCUCUCUCUCUCUCUCUCUCUCUCUCUUUUGCUUAACAAAAAUAGACCCAAAAAACCCACUGCAAUUUCCAUGUGCUUUCCCCAUCUCUCUCUCUCUGUAGCUCUCUCUCUCUCACCUAACAGUUCAAUAAUACACCACUGGGCCAACUCAGAUUUCAAAAUCAGUGCAAAUUCAAAUUAUCAUCAUAAAAAAAUAAGGCAAGUGGGAAAAUAGAAUGGCUUCUGCUGCAUACAGCAGAAGACUGAAGCUUCUUGCAAGGGAGAGGAAACCAACAAAGCAAGAUGCAAAAUCAGUGAAGAGUUUCAGUAAAAUCGAGCCGAAAAAGAUCGGCAUCGGAUUGGUUUCGGCAUGUCUUUUGGGUUUACUCACCUAUGCCUCUCUGUUGAAGUUCUUCGACAGCGAAGAUCUGCCGAAUUUUACAAAUACUACUACAAUUUCAGUGACAGAUGAGGCUUCUGCGGCUCCGAUCGAUGAAAGAGAGAUUGGAAUGAAAAAUGAAACUAUUGAGAGCGAAUCGGGCACUGUCGAAGAGGAUGAUUUUGUGCAGCAGGAGGAGGAGAUUACACCCUCUAGGGAAUCUGAUUCUGAUUCUUCUUCUGCAACAAAAGAUUCUUCAGAUAUUAGUGCUACAACAUCAGAUGAAGAUAUUGGAAUUGUGGAGGACUCCUCAAAGAGUAACACCUCACAAAUAGUUCAAAAUUUUCGAACCAUCAAGCCUGAGAGUAAGAUCACUUGUGAUGAUAAGAGCAUAGAUGAGGGUUUUCCGUAUGCGAGGCCGGUAUUCUGCGAAAUGACCGGAGAUGUUCGGAUUAGCCCGAAGAAUUCUUCCGUGUUCUUCGUGACUUCGUCAGAAGGAAUUGAAGAGGAGCGUCGGAUAUACCCGUAUGCGCGAAACGACGACUAUCUCAUCCCCAAAGUCCGCGAAGUGAUCUUGAAACCAGUGAAUGCCGAUCACGAAACACCCAGUUGCACCGCGAUUCAUGACGUACCCGUGGUGGUCUUCUCCGUCUCCGGUUACACCGGAAACUUCUUCCACGACGUGGCCGACGUGCUGAUCCCUCUCUUCAUGACUUCGCGGCAGUUCGGAGGAGAAGUGCAGUUUGUCGUCGCGAAUUACGACAAGCGGUUCCUGCGCAAGUACGAGCCGGUCCUGAAGAAGCUCUCGCGCUACGAGACUAUCAACUUCGAUACCGACGAAAGUGUCCACUGCUUUCGGCACGCGUUUUUAGGAUUGAUAAGAGACAGGGACCUGAUCAUCAAUCACCACCCGACACGGAAUCCGAGGGGCUACUCGAUGCCCGACUUCACCGAAUUCCUGCGCGGCGCGUUCUCGCUCAGGAGGGCCGCGCCGUCGGUCCUCGGCGAGCAGCACAGGAAGAGACCGCGAAUGUUGGUGAUCUCGAGGACUGGGACGCGGAAGCUGACGAACAUACGCCAGGUGGCGGCGAUGUCGGAGGAGCUAGGAUUCGAGGUGAUCAUCUCGGAGGCGCGCGCGGACGUGCGGCGGUUCGCGCAGGUGGUGAACUACUGCGACGUGCUUCUGGCGGUCCACGGUGCGGGACUGGCGAACGAAAUCUUUCUGCCGCCGGGGGCGGUCGUGAUUCAGAUAGUCCCGUGGGGAAAGAUGGAAUGGAUGGCAGAAAACUUUUACGGGAAGCCGGCGCGGGAGAUGAAGCUGAAGUACCUGGAGUACUACAUUGCGAAAGAGGAGAGUAGUUUGAUGAAGAAGUAUCCGCGGAACCACAUUGUGUUCAGGAACCCCAUGGCAAUCCAUGGGCAGGGUUGGAAAGCUCUGAGUGAGGUGAUCAUGGCACAAGAUGUGAAGAUCAACUUGAGGAGGUUUAGGCCUACUUUGUUGGAAGCUAUUGACCUUCUCCAAGAGUAGUAGAAUCCUUCAAAACGUAAAACGAUAUUCGAUAUUCGCGCAUCGCACUGACUGCUAGUAAAGUUGGCAGAGACUGUAUUCUUUGAGUGAACGGCCGGAUGUUUAAUCUUCUUCAGAGCAAAAGAAGUUACGGGGGCACGGAGACAGUUGUUCUUUUAUUGAUUUUUAAAACUUUUUUAUGUAGAGAAUUAAUUGUAUUCUUUUUGUGCAUAGAUCAUUGUUAAUUUUCUAUUUUCUUUGCAAAGGGAGAUUCAUUGUUAGCAUCUGAGAACCGCGGAAAUUUUGUGACUCCCAUAUCUUUUCUCUUAUGAUGUGAGAAUCACACCGAUUUUAGCGCUUUUCAUAUAAAUCGACAUAUACAGGUUUUGAGUUCAGAUUGAAUAUUGCUCAAGAGGGCCUUUGCACUGUUGUAAUUACAAAUUCAGUUGUAAUUUAAGUUUAGUGAGAGUAAAAACAUUAGUUCUGUGA